AUGCGCCGUAAUAACUUAUCAAAUUCACCGUCACUACGUCCAAAACCAAAAUGGAAUCAGAUUUCACCAAGGAGAAGUGAUUCCAAACCAAAAAAUAAUAACCAAACGCUUGAAAACUCCCCAAAACACGCGUAUUCAGCAGAAGAAGGCCGCCCGAGUAUUGUUAAGUACGGAAACUACUUUUCAGAUCUGCUGAAAAGUAUCGGUGCGAUAAGAUCCAUACCUCAAAAUUCACUGCAAGAGAUAAUAAAAUCCGUUAGAUUAACAAAAUCAACUGGUGAAACGAUAAUAAAAGGAAACACAUACAAAACUAAUCAAAGUAAGUGUAACACUUUCUGGACAAACUGGAAAUCAAUUGAUUCAUCGAUUAUUCGCGAAUUUAAUUCUCAAUUAACAAGAAUUCGAAAUGUUUGCUUCAAAUACUUUAGAUCUCUUAGGACAGUAAUAAACGAUUCACACAAUAAUAUCCUUUCCGAUCAAUCUGCAAAUAAUCAACAAAUAACCUCAAUUCUUGAUAAAUUACUCGAUACUGUUGAUGAAUUAGAGAGCACCGCAGAAACCAUUUUCGACAUUAAAAUCAAUAAUCCGCAGUAUUCUGAAGAAGAAGUUGAUAAAUUUGUUUCCAAAGUAAAACAAACUCAAAAAGAUAUCGGAACAACAUACAAACCAGCUCUUGUCGGUAAUACGUCAUUAGGAACCAAGCCAAUAUCAACACAAGCAACUGCUGACUUAAGAGGAAUAAUUCAAGCUUUAAAUGAUAUGAAAGAGCUCCAGAACUGCUCCAAGCAAAUAAACAACAAGUUGUCUGAUAUUUACGAAGAGCUCAGGAAGAUGAUCUCUGGAGCAGAUUCAGUUCCUCCACCUCAAGAAAUAAUAAAAUCACCUCAAGUAAGCGUCAAAGUCGAUAUUCCUGUUUCUAAACAGACAAAACAAUCUGCUGCAAAGGCAUCACAAUCAUCUAAUGACGAUGAUUCCAUUCAAUCUUUGAAAUCAAGAUUAAAUAUUUCAAAAAACUCGAUCAUUCAACUAAAUAACGAAAUUGCUUCAUCACAGCAAUCAUUAGGACAAGAAAAAAAUUCAUUACAAAGAGCAAAACAAAACUUUGGAAAGCGACAAAAAGAAUUUAUUAAUGCAAAAACAGAUCUUCAAGAAACAAAUGAAAAAAUCAAAUCACUACAACAAGAGAAAGCCGAAUUACUCAAAAAGAUUGAUUCUCUUAAAGAAUCUCUUGAAGAAAAACCGAAAUCUGUUGAAAAAACACAAGAAUUAGAAGAAGUAAUUGCAGAUAGCGAAAACUUGAAGUCCCAAUUAAUUGUUGCUUAUGAUCAGAUGCUAACAACAACAGAUACUUAUAAAGAACUUGAAUGCGAAUAUGAAACAUUGAUAAAACAAUUAAAAUCUGACAAUUUGCCACUUUACGAAACAAAUAAGGAACUUCGUCAAAAAUUGUCAAAAAUUUUAUCCCAAAAUUUGGAUGAACGCUUUGAAUUAUUGAAUUUAUCUGCAAUUAGAGACAGAGUUCAAUCAGGAGUUCUUUCGAAUCAACCCACGAAAAUAGAAACAUCAAAGAAGAGACUGAAACAACUCAGAUCUGAAUUAGAUGAAAAGAUUGCAGAAUAUACAACAAAAAGGAACUGCGAAGAUGCAUUAGUUAUUGAAAGAUUCACACUUAAAUCACUGACAAUGCCUCGGGAUGAAGAAUUACUUCAAAAAUUAGGAAGAGUCAGAACAGAAUUUGAUAAUAUUUGUGAUACAACAGUUCCAAGAAGAUCUGAAAGCGAAAUGAAUGAACUAGAAACAUUAAUUAUGAGAUUUGACUCAAGAUUGUACAGAACAAGGAAUUCUAUGAUGAAAGAUCCUCCAAAUGAAGCUGCAGAAGAAGUGAAACUUUUAAAUGAAGAAAUAGAACAUCUAAAGAAGAGAUAUUUAGCUGCAUGCAACUGGAAUGUUGAGUUGUCUAAUAAUGACAUGAAAGAACAAGCAAGAGCUCUUUCUUUGAAGGUCCAACUAGCUGCAUUAAACAAGAAACUUCAGAAUCCUUCAUUUAAUGACAAAGAAUACAUUUCAUCAUUUAUUGAAGCAUUGACAAAAGAGGUUCAACAAGUUUCUGAGUUAUGUGAAGACGUCAAUACAUCUGUUGCAGAAUUAUCUCAAUACGUUGGAUCUACUCCAUAA